AACUUGAUUCCCCUGACCCCGGAUCCGAACGCACUAGGACUGACACAGCUACAUGUGUACAUCAUUGUCGGCUUGCUGGCAUUCCUGUUCCUAGCUGCCUUGACCACUAUUGUUCUUUUGGCUUGUCGUGCUCGCGGUUUCCUCGGCGGUUCCGUGGCCAAUAGUGGACGUGAGGUGAAGGCGAACGGGUCCUAUUGGUGGCAUGGAUCGAAACAACCUCAACAUCACGGCUCCAUGUCUCACGCACACAAACCUCCAGCUCCGUCACCUGAUCCACAGUUCUACCGGUACAAUCAUUCUGCCGGGAGCAGUUUGGCUGGUGUACCAUUUUUGUCCCCUCAUCCCGGUCAUUCAGCUCAUCCUAGUCGGGUUGGGACUCAGUCCAGCGUCCGCGGUUUCGCCUCGAUUCGUGGGCCAUCCCAUAGACGUCCUUCCCUCGCCUCGUCCACUUUUGCUGUACCUGGAGGAAUGGAUGACAGUUCGACGGCGCUACUGACUGGACAGCAAGAGAACGCGAAACGAGGCAGUCAUGGGAGCACGGCACCAACUAUGACGGACUAUGUGGAUCGAGAGGAUUCAUCCGGAGCAGGUCAAUCACAUUUAGUAUUGUAUCCUACCUCCAGUGGGGAACAUGUCCCCGUCGUUAUGAUGAUGUCACCAGCCAUGCCUUAUGCGGUUCCUGCAAAUGCUGUCGGUAGUCGCACUGCCAUUAUGCCACGUUAUUCUCCUGCCUCAUCAAUGGUCUUUUACGGCCCGGCCACUUUGUCCGGAACCGGUACACCAACCAAUCAGGGUAGUUCGUCGUAUAUCGGUUACAAUUUAGACGCACCCGGAUCAGCAUGCAUUCCUUCUCGACAGCUACACCCAGCUUCUCCUGUCGCAUUCUAUCCGGCCACACCGCAUGCGACCUAUGUGUCAUCACAUCCGACUUCUCAAGGACAGUUUGUUCAGUUCGUCGGAAUGCGACCGAAUUCAGUAAUCGGUUCAGAUAGAUUGUCGUUGGGUUCGGGUAGCGAUAGAUUUUCUGCACAUAGCAGUCAAAUUCUAGCCCCACCUCAACAACAGCAGAAUCCCGCUCAACCCAUUCCCGCCUUCGUCCAGUAUCACACGCCACAGGUAGUACACGGUUCUCGAAGUAUGCUGAACGCGCAACAGAUCCUACAUCCUGUAUCUGUCGAACCACCCGCGACAGACGGGGUAGGUGAUCCACCGGAAAUGGACUAUGUGGAGAAUGGUCAGGAAGAGUUCAACGGAACUCUACGAUCUGGCAAGACGGAAACGCUUCGGCCAAAUGGCACACGAGCUGGACCGGAGCAUGGAGACGAGACAGACGCACGUCCUCAUGCCGACUAUCAAAAACCGCNAAAACCGCGCCCGCUUCCACCCAGCUUACAUCACGGUUCGGGAGGAUCACCGGCAAAAGUGGCGUCUAACGACACCGUUAAGUCUCAUGACAAUAGACCACCACGACCGAGCUGUGUGCUAGCUCCGGUGGCACAACCAAUCUGUCUCAUUCCAUCCAUCAACGGCUCGUGGAUCCCCGCCGUUGUUCUCCCCACUGGGCCACAUCCAACUUUCUGUCCUCAAGCGCAUCCUAUCGUUCCGGUUGAAUCGAACACCGGAAGACGAAGUUCGUGUGCUUCCAUGGGAUUUCUCAGCACGUCCUCGGCCGGUUUGCACCAGAAUAAACAACCUAUGUGUUACGGAUCGAUGGAGUGGAACAAACAAGAUGUUUCAACCCGACCCUUUUUACGUUCUCAUGUGCCUGUACCGUGCGGUUCACACGGCUCUCAACAGCCAACUGCAUCAGAUGUUUCAUUGCCUUGUACAGAGACGCGGUUCUCCCAGCGUCAUCUUAAUCGACCACCUGGACAGCACAGAGGGGCUCUUGGUGCGGCGGCACGACGAAGCGCUCGCCACUGGCGUAACCGAUCCAGCUCAGCUCUGGACGGCGGUCUACCUCCUAUGGUGCUCGGGCGACCGUGCUCCGCCUAUGUCGCUGGUUCUCUGCCUCCGAUAGAUUCUGCGCAUCGUCUCUGUCCCGGUUUAUCCAAUCCAGAUCUUCUGCCGCAUACAAAUAGUAGCCACGUAAACGGGACCGAUGUCAGAUUGGGGAAGAAAACGAUUCAGGACGAGGCGUCCGCUCCGCUCGCAUUUGUGGACGAAUUGCCAAUGCAUGAACUGAAAUCCGGUCGAGAACACUCAAAUCGACUAUUAAGUUUUGCUCCGACUAGUCGCGAUUCCGCUUUUCAUCAGACCACACCACAUCGGCUCAGUGCAGAACAGGCCGGUGUUGUGAUUCCUCAACGGAGAGAUUCACUGAAACCUUCACCGGAACAUGACUUCCCUAACGAUGGAUACGGGAAACAGUCGCAACAAUCACUUCAUGGCACACAAAAUAGGACGUCUGACUCCAGUGGAAUUCCCGAUCAAUCUGAUUCGAAUCCGCUCAGUCGUUCAGAGCCGACGGCAUAUAAAUCAUCAGGGCAAUUGGAAGAUGCAGUUUCAAAUGGCAGUGAUGAAUACAAUUCUAGCACUUUACGUGCUCGGUCACAUCAGUUGAACGGUUGUUACUCUGAGGUCAAUCAUGGUCCGUCGGCGUAG